AAUUGGUGCCACAAGAACAUAUUCCAGAAGAUCGAAAAAUGAUAUUCCUUGGAAAUUCCAAAAAUACUCAAGGUAGCAGUUCAGGUCUUCAUGAUAAUUAUGAACCAUCCGGAAUGGAAAAUCCUAAAGAAUUACUUUCAGCAUUAGAAAUGAUCAUUUGUUUCUUGAAACGAACAUCAGGAGGAGAUGGGGAAAUGUUAAUUACUGAUUAUAUAGAAAAAUGGAUGAAAUUAACAGUUCUUAAAGUUAAUACAAGUUAUAAAUUAUUAACAAGGUCAGGUUUACAAAUCAAGCAUACAGUAGCAUUAUAUGAAUUAGUUGAAGAACACGUUGCGGAUGUAGUUGUAAAUUGUAUUCAUCCUAAAUACCAAGCCAAGAUUAAUAAUAUAAUUGAACAAGAAAUCAAAGAUUUUAUAUAUUUCAAAGAUGAUGAAUUAAAGAAGAGAAAUGAUAUUAAUUGGAAAAUUCCAGCUGAAGCAUUUGCUACAGCAUUAAAAAGAUUUAUCUUGAGACAUUUAACUGGUGGAGAAAGUAUUGUCGAUAUAGCACCUCUUUCUGCUUAUCUUGUUGAUGAGGAAUCACUUGAAUGUUGGCCAGAAAAUGUUUCCAAAAAGAUAAUCGAAUCCAAGUUCCCGAAUUCAUUAUUAGCUUCACAUACCUUCGCUGCUUAUACAUUUAUCAAAAAUGAAUUUGAG